GUGCGGGUGGGGGCGGCCGGGGCUGUGCGGAGCAGCCCGCACCGGUGAGCAGCUCCCGACGGCGGGCGGGCUCCGCCGCGGUGUUCGGCGCCUUCUGAAGCUCCCCGGAGCUUCCCGCGGGGUCUGUGCUCUGUGCCAGGGCUGCGAUGGCGGUGCAGGCUGCCGAGGCCCUGUGCCUGGGUGCACGGAGCCGCGCUCACCGCUGUCUGCUGCGGACGGGGAAGAGGAAUACGAUGUGACACGUCUUCUGCUUAGGCCUUGCUUUGCAAUGGAACCGCGAUCGUUUCCAAAACGGUCCCCUCUUCAUUAACUUCUUCGUUCUUGAUGUUAUCUUCCCUCUCCCGGCUGGUGGGGCUGGAGGUGUUCAGUGUGCUUUUGACAGGUAGCCGGAUUUCUGCAUCGGAAAGUGAAUCCUUUUGGAUGGAAUGUUGCCGGAUUUUACAAGAGCUGUCUGUGCUCGAUAUACAAAUUGCAGGUUCGAUGGAACCGUCCUGGAUUUGCUCAGGUUUUGAACUUUUAUCUCAGCAGCUUCCACCUCUCCAAAUGCUUGUUUUGUACUGAGAAAUGCUUUGGACAAUAGGUGAUGUGAAAUGCCUUUGGGGGUGGAAGCUGGAAGGUUGUUCUGUUGUGUCAGUGCCCCCAAAAAUUCUUACCCAUUGCUGGCUGUGAAAAUGCCCAUAACCAAAGUCUGUCCCAGGUGAAACACUGAGGGUCAGUACUGUGGGUUUCUAGAGUCUGGGUCUAGUCUCCCACCACAGAACAGGACCUGUUUCCAUCAAAGUAUGUGUCACACUUCUGUACUUCAUUAACCAGGCUCCAAGAGCCUGUGGUUAAGCUGUGUCUUAGCUAAGCAAUUCUAGUCUUCCAACCUGCAAAAUGGAUCCCUUAAUAUAAAAACCUGCUAGAUUUUGCAAGAGCUGCCCAAAUGCAACCUGUAUUUUUCAGUAUCUUGUCUAAACUGAUGCAAAGCAGCACUGUUAAACCCCAUGAUGACUUAAAAUGCUGGUAUAAGUGAGUCUCCCAGCAUGCGUGUGCUCUCCCACCAUUCCUGUGAGCAGCAGAACUGCAGUGUUGGAAGCAGCCUUCAGAAAUCCUGGAAGAUCAUCCUGGUACGGCUCUUGCUGGGGAAGUUUGCAGAUGCAGUUACUGCCUGGUGCAUCUUCUCACCUUGUGUGAACCCUGCAGUGUAACAGUUGUAACUGCCCUGGCUCAGGCUCAUAAGGGAGUGAUUAAGAAGCAUCACACCUAACUGUAGGGCAUGAUUUUAGAAGAGAUGAUGCUUUGUUUUCGAAUCAGAUAAGUCACUCUCAAAAUGUUUUGAUGAAGUGAAUCACAAUUUAUGUUAAAUGAAAGAAACUGGGUCACCUAAGUAGAAGCAAAGAGCAUAAUUCUCUCCAGUUGUGCUGAAAUAAUACAGCUAGCCUACACAAAUGUAAUAGCUGAGUUCUUUGCUACAGAAAAUACAAAAAACAUUCCUAGAAACUCAGUGGAGAGAAGAAAUAAUUUGCUGUGCUACAAAGGAGAUUGUGAUCAUUGUUUUAUCUUGAAAUACAGGUGCAAUACAGCAUCAAAAUUCAAUUGACAAUCCAUGUCGUUUACAAACACUGGAAGAUUUUAUCAUGAGGAUGACUACUUGGGCUAAGUGCUACAUGUAAGAAUGAUGCAGCAGCAGUGCCGUGGUCUGUGUUCACCCUGCUUAGUUGCGAAACUAGAUCUACAAGUGAUAGAAUGCUGAGAGUGCCUAGCAGUGGGAGGAAUACAUAGCUUGCCUGUGUUGUUAUUCACCUCUUUUAUUUGGUGGAGGGAAGUAAUAAAAAUGGAGAAUAACAACUCAAAAUAUUGAUGAAGCUUAUAACCUGAGUCAGUUCUGCAUUGAAAUGAGAUUGUGUUGCUGGUAACGCUGCACUGAGGGCUGAGAUUUAGGAAGGUGGGAGGAUGGGGGCUGUAACUCUCCCUCCUCUGCUGCCAGUGCUGCUCCUGUCACAUGAUGUGACUGCACAGUCCUCUGCUCGCACUGCAGCUGCACUCGCCCUGGCAUGUGCCAGCCAGAUUUCGCCUCUUUUUGCAUCACUUAUAUGCUGGUUUGGCUUUGUUGGCUUUAAAUGGAGUUGCUGAUAAGCUGCUGCUGUAUAAAUGGAUGAUGGGAAUACAUUUGAUCCUCUGGACACAUUAAUUUGUUGGCUUGGCUUUUAUUCUGCAUGGUGGCAAGGAAGGAAGAGUUCUGGUGUGAAAGUGUUCUGAGGUGAUGCCUAAAUAGAUAAAAUUUAACUGUAUUUUAAGUGAAUUCCCCUAACAUGCCCUCCCCAGCCCCCUAAAGCAUGAUACAGCCAUCAGAGUCUUAUCACAGAGAUCUGUGUCUUGAUGUCUUUUUUAGCAGAACUUUUCAUAGCUUUUGUUUCAUCUAAAUGCUCAUUUGGAGCAGUCUUUGGAGAAGGAAAACCGGGACCUGUACAUGCAAGUGUUACAAUAAUUUUCUUUGGUAUUCUUGCAUAAGAACAUACUGCAGGCUUGGCUUUUGUAGCUGAGCUGCUCUCUUUAAGCACAUAAGCUCUGUUCUGGAUGUGGUCUUUAAACAGGCUAGAAACAGAGGUAUGGAAUGGGGUAUGUGUUGCAGCAGAAGGAAACAGUUUAAGGGAGCAGACCAAAUUGUGUGUGGGAGCUGCAUGGCGGGUCAAAUAGAGGUCUGUUUCUAUAAAGUAUGUAAGUUAGUUGCCAACACAAAUAUUACCUAGCAGUUUACAUGUGCUGAGAGAACACAGUACAGCCCUGCAACAGGAAUAGAAUAGAAUAACCAUCAAUCUGGUUCCCUGAGGAUGUCAGUCAAGAAAGGAAGUGUGCGGUGCCAAAAAGCCUGGAUGGAACAGCAGGUUUAGAGGACUCGUCGUUUGAAGUAUUUUUAAUUAUUGCUAUUAUGAUAAUGGAACACAGACUAGAGGCUGAAUUUUUAAAAUAUAAUUAAAGCAGAAGGCAGCAGAGGGAUUUCUCUGCUGUGUGGCUGAGGAAUGGUCUAGGAGCAGCUCCUACUGAGGAGGGUGAAUUCCCAGUGAUGAUGCUCUCCGUGCAAUUCCCGAGCUUGCUCACAUCUUGCUGCCAAACACAGUUUGGAGAGAAGAAGUGAAUUGACCAGAUCAAAAAGCUUUCCUGUGUAUUGCAUUCUCUUUUGUCAGGGUAAGGCUCCAGUUGGAUAGCAGCCACAGAUACCUUGGCUGAGAGUGCUGACAAGAUGCAGAGUGUGAUGAUAGCUGCCCUCCAGAUCGGACGCUGGUCUGGACUGCCAUUUGAACCAUCUAGUAAAUCAUUUGACUUGCCAGAAAGAGCUCUCUUCAUCACAUUAACAUCAAGCUACCUUGUAUAGCAGCCGUUCAGUUCUCCAUUAAUGUGUGAAUCAAGGAGUUAAAACAUCAGUCGUUUUCUGAGUAAAGAAAGGGGAAAAAAUCGAUCUUGUAACUCGGAUGCUUUUCAGGAAUUUGGCCGCUCUGGAUGCGAGAGGCAUGUGCUUUUCCGCCCUGCUUUAGGUGAUGGCUUAGUUCAAGGGGGCCCAGAUUUGGCUCAGUCAACAGUUGUGUUGGCGUCUUGCCAUUAAAUGUGCAUAAAAUGGAGCUGACUGCAAUUCCCUCCUCACUCUAACAUGGAGGGGCAGCCCAUGGAGACCUGAGGCCCCGGUAUGCCUUGCUGGAGGUUGACUUGGCUACGAGAGGUGUCCUGGGAUGUUCAAUCCCUGCAGCAUAAGCUGCUGUAUUAUGACUUGUUUGCUGUUUUUGAGUCCCUUGGUUGUAUUUGAGUGUCUUGUCAUAACUAAUGCAUUUCAACCCUUGUUGUGCCUGUGCUUCCAAAACCUUUCUCCCUUCUCACAGUGGCUUACGUGCUUUUCCAGAUGCACAAGGUUUGUAUCUCACUUGCAGACUCUUCCUAUGACUUCAUGGAUUAUGUGCAUUGCCACAAAAUGAAGAUAAAACACAACUGGCAUUUUAGCUGCUCCAAGAACAUUGUGUGUAAAUAAACCACUGAAUAGUUUAGCUUGUGAAAUGUAAAUACACACAGCAUGGCCUGCCGCAGCGGAUGGUGUUUUUCUGUCUCCCUUCUUCCCCUCCCACCCCUGCCAAGAGUAGGCUAGCCUGAUGUUCUUUUUUUCUAUUGCUCUUUCAUACAAUGCAAAUGACUACUGAGUACCAUGUAGGUGGCAUGCAGGCACCACUACAGAUUCAUGAUUUGAAUUUGGAUGAAAGGAAGCGCUUGCAUCUUCUUCCACGUUGCUUCUGAACCAUCUUCUGUGGAUCCCAGGGCCCUGGUGACCCAGAAAUUUUGCCUCGGUCUGACUUUGAGCUUGAGCUCAUUUUCAGUAGCACACGACUUAAGUCGGUAGAAGAACAGAGGCCCAACUGUGAUGACAUUUUUAGCCUUUGCCCUUUGUUCAUCCUGUACACAAAAGGUCAUGAACUGCAGUGAAAGCAGGCUCACAGAGGGCACAGGAUGGACAAAGGUGGAACAAAUUGCCAGUGGCAGAAACAUAAAGAAGAGAAGCAGAAGUUUUGUAUUAUGAAGGUAAUUGAAAAAGGCCACGUGCAUCCCAUGGUGAUACCAUGUCUCUUGUAUUUAAAGUGAGUCCACCCAUAGUGCGUUUAGAGGAGCCUGCUGGUGAGGUGUGGCUUGGAUGAUCGCAGUGUAGAAGGCGAGAAGGGACAAUACUGUUUCCAUGGUAUGCUGUUAGUGAGCAGCUCUGCAUUGUGCUGGGAGCAGAGAUGCCAAAGCUGCAGCUCUGGAUACAGACAGGUGUGCUUUAACCAAUAAAAGGAUUUUUAAAGAUGUGUAAUAUAAAUGAAAAGCCUGAUUCUAUAGAACAAGCACUUAUUUGAAGCUAAAAUAGUAGGAUUGACACUGCAUCCUGGAUAUUCAAGCUCAUUUGACUUGGAAUGCGGUUGAAUUUGUGGUGUAGGCUGUUUCCCUAUAGGAAGUCUUGAGGCUGUUCCUGCUGAGAUGUCAAAGGUAAUGCAGAGGUGGCAGCUCAUGUUAGCUCUGAGGUCUAAAUAUAAGACAGUGUUUGCAAAACUUCUGGUCUCCUGAUAUGCUGAGGAAUGAGCCACACAUUCAUGUGAAAGUAUUAAACUUUCAGUUUGCAGUAAUAAAAUAAAAUUCUUAUAUAACUCUGUGCCUGCUGUCUGUUACUUCUACUUGCUAUAGCAGCCUGCAUCUGGAGAACUGUGCGUGUGUGUCUUUAUCCUCUUUUCUUGUAUAUCCCCUUCCUUCUCCUUUCCCCUCUUUAGGAAACAAAGUUUAUGCAAUUGCACAGUCAGGAGCCCUCUUUUUUCUUCUUCUCCAAGCAGCUUUUAAAUCACUUGCCUGAUGUCACCAGUGUUGCUGUAAGAAGAAAGGUCCUGAAGGUUUUCUAGCCCAAGCCCCGGUAUAGGGACAGUUGGGAGUGCAUACUGUUGACCUCAGCGCUUUUUCCCUUCCAGCUGAGCCUGUAAAAACCUUAGCCAAAAGACAGCAAACCACAGGGAAGUGGAAACGUGUGUGAUCUGCUCUAGAGUGCCUGGUACCACAGUGGAGCGCUGCCGAAUCCAAGGGCCUUGCUGAAGGAUUUAGGUCACCUUUGCUGCGGAGCACACAGGACCUGGGGACUGAGUUUGCCCUAAAAGAAAUCAUGUCAUCAGGAGGAGCUGAAGAUGAUAUUCCUCAAGCAGAGAGGAAAACAGUGACAGACUUUUGCUACUUACUGGAUAAAUCUAAACAGCUAUUUAAUGGCUUAAGGGAUUUACCACAGUAUGGGCAAAAGCAGUGGCAAUCCUAUUUUGGGCGAACAUUUGACGUUUACACCAAACUCUGGAAGUUUCAACAGCAGCAUCGACAAAUAUUGGACAAUCGGUAUGGGUUGAAGCGGUGGCAAAUUGGGGAAAUUGCUUCCAAGAUUGGGCAGCUCUAUUACCAUUAUUACUUGCGCACGUCAGAAACCAGCUAUCUCAAUGAAGCUUUCUCCUUCUAUUCAGCAAUUAGGCAGAGGUCAUACUACUCCCAAGUCAACAAAGAAGACAGGCCUGAAUUAGUGGUUAAGAAGCUGCGUUACUAUGCAAGGUUUAUAGUGGUUUGUCUCUUGCUCAACAAAAUGGAUGUUGUAAAGGACCUUGUAAAGGAGCUGUCAGAUGAAAUUGAAGACUACACUCAUCGCUUUAAUACUGAAGAUCAGGUGGAGUGGAACCUGGUUCUUCAGGAAGUGGCAGCAUUUAUUGAGGCAGACCCUGUCAUGGUUUUAAAUGAUGACAACACCAUUGUAAUCACCUCUAACAGGCUUUCUGAAACAGGAGCUCCGUUGCUAGAGCAGGGAAUGAUAGUGGGACAGCUUGCUCUUGCGGAUGCGCUCAUUAUUGGGAACUGCAACAACCAGGUCAAGUUCAGUGAAUUAACAAUUGAUAUGUUCCGAAUGCUACAAGCACUUGAAAGGGAACCAAUGAAUUUAGCAUCACAAAUGAACAAACCUGGAAUGCAGGAAUCAACGGAGAAACCAGCCAGGCGGGAAAACCCCCAUAAAUAUCUACUUUAUAAACCAACUUUCAGCCAGCUGUAUACAUUUUUAGCAGCAUCAUUUAAGGAGCUGCCUGCAAACAGUGUUCUGCUGAUUUACUUGUCGGCCACGGGCGUGUUUCCAUCAGGUCGUUCGGAUAGUGAAGGUCCAUAUGAUUUUGGUGGUGUUCUGACAAAUAGCAACCGGGACAUUAUAAAUGGGGAUGCUAUCCACAAGCGAAACCAAUCUUACAAGGAGAUGCACUGUCUUCACCCUGGAGAUCUCUACCCUUUCACAAGAAAGCCCCUGUUUAUCAUUGUGGACUCUUCAAACAGUGUCGCCUAUAAGAAUUUCACCAACCUGUUCGGACAACCAUUGGUGUGCUUGCUUUCUCCAACAGCGUAUCCAAAAGCACUACAAGAUCAGUCCCAGCGGGGCAGCCUCUUCACACUCUUUCUGAACAAUCCUUUAAUGGCAUUCCUGUUUGUCUCUGGAUUAUCAAGCAUGCGCAGAGGACUGUGGGAGAAGUGUCAAGAUUACCUUAGGAAAAUCAACAGAGAUAUUGCCCAGCUGCUGACCCACUCCCGAUCCAUAGAUCAGUCCUUUCUUCAGUUUUUUGGGGAUGAAUUUCUUCGCUUGCUUCUAACAAGAUUUAUCUUCUGUUCGGCUACUAUGAGGAUGCACAAAAUUUUCCGGCAGGAGACUCGAAACUACCCAGAAUCUUACCCUCAGCUGCCAAGAGAUGAAACGGUGGAGAACCCUCACCUCCAAAAGCACAUUUUGGAGCUGGCUUCCAUACUGGAUGUUAGGAAUGUUUUCCUGGAAAACACCCUCGAUGACUAUUAAAAGAAACUGUCUUACUGCAAAGGGGUUUCCCUGGCCACAGAUUUUGAAUGGUGCAGUUUUAUAAUGUGAAAAUCAUAAAAGGAAGUACUUGAUUUUAUUUUUCAAUUUAGGACCAUUAUUUUAAGGAGUAAUAAUAGACAGCUGUUAGUUUUAGCUGUUCCAUUCUGUAUGGGGUCAAUUUUAUAAGCAGAAGUUUUCAUGUCUUUUAAAUGUUAAACUAAAGAAUCACUAGAGGUUUAUUUCUGGUCUUGUGGCUAUCAACCACAUUUCCAACAGCUGAUCCUAAGCAUAGAACUAUUAUUGGUUACCUUUAGGCCACGUUUGUGGAAAUCCUUUAUUUUUAUACAAUUUUAAGAAAUUGGGAAGAAAAAAAUCAAUAGAAAACCAAUAUUUUAUCCCCAAAGAGUCUGGAUUUGAAAUGGUAAAGAUGGAACCACGCAGUGCAGACCAACAAUAGCAAUAAAACGAGUCCUUCAUAACAAAUAUAUUUUUUCAGUCUUAGGCAAGUGAGUAGACAAAACUGUGGACAAUUAAAUUGCAUUUGGAGCAGUGGGUUUGCAGUUGUAAAGAUACUUAAUGCUCCCUAUAAAUUUGACACAGCAAUUUUAUAUAUUAACUUUGUACUCCUGGCCAAGAACACAGUUUCCACUCGGCUUCACUGACAGGUGGUUAGCAGAUUAACAGAUUACAAACCCAAGAAAGCUAACCCUCAUUUCUCACUGUAUAUGGGUCAUCUUGCUAUUUGUAUUGCUGCCACAGUUUUCCAAGCGGAGGGGCCAUUCUUCAUUUUGAGGUGUUAGAUAGAAAUUCUUACAUGUCCAGCAGGUGUAUCCCUCCUUUCAGUAUAUGGAUGGAAUGUGUGGCUCCCUCAGUGUUACCAGCACCUCAUAGGAGCUCAAGGAAUGUCCCAUACGGUGCAAACAUGAGCCCUUCCUGUUGCUUGUUUACCUGACCCAUUUGUGCUGGAUCCCUGUGCCACAGGAAGAGAUGCUGAUGCUCCUUGUGCAGGUCAAACAAAGUGGGUGCUGCCAUAAAGCCCUAUUAAUGUUUUGCAUGCCCGCCCUUGCAUCUCAGUCCUGUCUCUGAACCAGACAGAGGGGCUGUAAUGAUGAGUGGCAGCACUGCAGGCUCCCUCAGCCUCUGAUGCUCAGUUUGGGUAUGCUCUGUACAGUAGCUGGAGAAGUAUGUUUUGACUGCUAGGAAAGUGCUUGCUGACUCAUUUGCACUGUGCUGCCUGCCUUGCAGAGCUAGAGGACCUCUUGCAACUCCUGACAGUGAAGGUGUGAGCAAGGAGAAGGAAAGGGAAAUAUUUUAAACUAUUAAAUGAAAAAGUCUAUUGUCACUGUUCCAUGGGCUGCUAGAAGAGAAGUGAAAGGGCAAGCCUGAUCAGUGCUUUUCCAGUGGGUAAGUUGAACCCCAGCCAUGCUUCUCUUUUUAGGUGGAAAAGUGCAGAAUUUGUGGGUAGGCCUGUUUGCAAUGCCAUAGCACAAGGUACGAUCUAGCCAGCAGGAAUAGUGAAGGGCACUGGUGGACCCCAUUCAGCUGAGGAAAGCACAGUAUGGAACAGCAAGAAUUGCUGGAGUGUAGCUCGGGAGUUUGCAUGAAGGAUCUUUGUAGCUGGGCUGAAGCUUUUGUCAUCCAUUCUUUAAUUUCCCAAAUGUAAAAUACCCUGUGAAUGCUCGUGUUAGUUCUAAGCAGUCUCAAAGCUGGUAUAUUGAGCCCCCACCACUUGGUGCUGCUCUUCUUUGGACUAUGGCAGGACUUCAUUACCUGGGAUGUGGAGUUUAUUUUGAAGAGUGUAUGUUUGUGUGUGUGCAUGUGUGUUCUAGGCGUCUGUGUGUAUAUGUACAAUACUCAUACAUUUACUGGCUGGUGUAAAUUGUAAAUAUGUAUAUAUGUAUAGGUACUUGUAUAUGUAUUAAAAAGAAUGAAACACUGCAA